GUCGCUUUUCAUAUUCCUUGUCUCGCCUGAUCCGCCUCCGAUUCCAGCGACAUCCCGGACACGAAACUAUGCCUCCCAAGCGAAUUUACGGAGAAAAGGGCCGCCGCGCCCCCAAGGGCUUCGUCUCCUCUACAUACGAUGCCCUGACUUCCGCUGAGAACGCCGCCUUCGUUCGCAGCAUUGCCAUCUUCGGAGCUGCCGUCACUUUUCUCUCCAGCUCCUGGGGCGAGAUCCUCCUCCCUCCUCAAUAAAUCGACAGGCACUCACUCGGCCUACACUCCAGCACGACUUGAUUUGACCAAACAAUUCGAUAUCCUCAGGCAGGAAAAGGAAUGAGUCGUUGUACAUUAGAAGGAUUUGAUUGUAUGCUACUAUGCGAGAUCUGCACGGGGUUCUGCCACAUGCAAUAUAGACUUACGGGGCGACUUUGGAUGGACGGCGCAGCUUGAAAAUGGCUUUGCUGGAAGUUUUUCGGCUCGACAAUGAAGGAAAAGGAAAGGAAAGAAAUGAAAAAAAGAACGGCGCUCUCCAUUUUUUUGGAAUACCUUGCGACUUUGUAUCGUGUGCAUGUUGCGCUGCUUCUUGUGAU